AAACUCUCCGUAUAACCAACUUACUACUUCCUCCAACACGAGCCCUGGCCCAGACCUAAGCUUGCCCCGUGCUCUUCCAGCUUCUGCGCCUCGCGGAACAGGUCGUGGCGGUAAAACUGUCAUCCUUGGGAACUCAUCCCUCUUCCCGCUAUCUCGAUCCGUUUUCAUCCAAGGCGGGGGAUAUAGCGCAAGUCGACCAGCUCUCCAGCGGUGCCAGGAAUUCCCACAACUGAGCCUCAUCCAUCGGGUAACACGGAGACCGCAGAUCCGGCGGAUUCACAGCCAUCAUCAUGGCCAGCAAUGAGGGCAAGAAGCCUGCAGUGCUGAUUAUUGGAGGUCUAGGGUACAUCGGCCGUUACCUCGCCCUCUACCUCCAUGAGAAUAAUCUAGCCUCCGAAGUGCGCCUGGUGGACAAGGUCCUACCACAGCUAGCAUGGCUGGCGCCCGAAUUCGAGGAGGCGUGUUCGAAAGACAAGUUUGUCCAAGCUGAUGCCAGUCGUGAGCAGUCGAUGGCGCGAAUAUUCGACCGAGCCAACGGCGAAGAAUUUGACUAUAUAAUCAACUGUGCGGGCGAAACUAAACAUGGACAGCCGGACGACGUCUACCAGCUUCGCAGCUACACCCUAUCACUUACCCUUGGCCGCGAGGCAGCCAAGCGUGGUCUCCGUGCCUUCGUUGAAUGCUCAACAGCCCAGGUUUACAAGAGUGGAUCUGCCCCACGGAAGGAAAAUGACAAGACGCAACCAUGGCACAAACUCGCCAAGUGGAAGCUUAAGGCGGGAGAGGAGUUGCGCAGGGUCCCCGGACUCAACUACAUCGUCCUACGAUUCCCAUAUGUAUAUGGAGACUAUGAUUCGGGGUAUUUCGCCAUGGGUAUUUGUCUGGCGCGCGUGUACAAGGCUUUGGGCAGAGAGCUGGAAUUGCUCUAUACGAAAGAUCUGAAGAUCAACACGAUAUACAUCAAGGAUGCCGUUCGUGCUUUGUGGGUUGCAGCUGAAUGGAGAGCAAGCAAGGGUUCCGCUCCGCCGGGUGAAGAAGGGUUUCCCAUCCUCUUCAAUGUCGUCGACCAUGGUGAUACCCGACAGGAACAAGUUGCAGAAGCCCUGUCUACUGUCUUCGAUAUGAAAGUCUCAUUCCUCGGUUCCGUAGUCUCUCAAUUCGCAAAGCUCAAUAUCGAUCAGGUUUUGGAUGAGAUGAACGAGCUUUGCCUGCAGACCUGGGCCGAUCUCAUUGCGGAAAAGCAGAUUACGCGGCCCGGUCCCAUCAGCCCUUUCCUCGAGAGGGACGUGAUCAAAGAUAUCGAUAUGUCCAUUGAUGGAACACUGUUCGAGACCACGACGGGAUUCAAGCCUGAGAGGGAGAAGUUCGAUGCGGAUGCUAUCAGAGCUAUGGUCGCCAGCUAUGAGCGAAUGGGAUGGUGGCCAUGAACAUGCCGUCGAUGAUCGCAUCCAUACCUUAUUACACA